AUGGAGGAUAUCGAAGAGGAAGUGUUGUUUUGGCAGGCAGCGAUGGUGUGCUAUGUUCUCAGAGCGAAUCCGCCAUUGGGGCCUUUUGAAGGAUAUGCUCGUCGGAUUUGGAAGGAUAAGGGAGUAGACAAAGUUGGAAUGCUGAAACCGGGGGUUUUCAUUGUGAGAUUCCAAGCAAUCAAUACCAGAAAUGAGAUACUAAAUGGAGGUUACUUGUUCUUCGACAACAAACCUGUCAUAAUGAAGCCUUGGGAUCCCUAUACUGAUUUUCAAAAGGAGGAUGUAAGCUCGAUACCGACAUGGAUACAGCUACAUGGACUGGAAUUGAAAUUCUGGGGGGAGCGAUCUCUUUUUAAAAUUGUUGGGCAACUAGGGACUCCAUUACAGUUGGAUGGUAUUACGAAGAACAAGGAGAGGCUUAAUUUUCCACGAAUUUUGGUGGAAGUGCGUAUGUUUAAGGACUUUUUGGGAACUAUUUCCUUUACUGAUGAGAUCAUUCAAGUCCAUGAAUUAGAAGUGAAAUACGAGUGGCUGCCUAUAGUUUGUUGUAACUGCAAGGGGAUGGGGCAUGCGACAGUUGAUUGUAAGAAGGGAGUCAUCAAGAAAGUUUGGGUUCCUAAAGCCAAGGAGAAUAAUCAGUUAGAAGAGCAACAAGAGAUGAGUAAAGGGGAAGUAAAGGAAGUUGAUCAAGAAGGAUUCCAAAAGGUUUCAAAAGGGGGUAAAAUGGCUAAAACAAUUGAUUCAUCGCUGGCUGUAACUACCUCGAACAGUUUCCAUGUCUUAGAUGGACCAGGGGAAAAUUUGAAAAGCUUGACAGAUGAGAAGUUAGUAAAGCAAGGUAUUACUAGUGGAGGGGGAGGUCCUCCAAUUCCUCAUGGAUAG